AUGACUCUGGACGUGAAGUCCGUCCGGUCAGAGUGCGACGACGUCCUGAGUGUCACCUUGACCCCGAGGGAAGGAAUCACCCUUCCGUCGUGGAUUCCCGGCGCCCACCUCGACAUCUUUCUCCCCUCGGGAAGGCAACGACAGUAUUCGCUGUGCGGCGACCCCGACGACUUGUCCUCGUAUCGGAUCGCCGUCCGGAGGAUCGACGAGGGUGGGGGCGGCUCGCGCGAGAUACACGAGUCGCUGAAACCCGGCAUGGUUGUGGACGUCCGAGGGCCACGCAACGCAUUUCCGUUUGUCGCGGCUCCGUCGUACCUCUUUGUUGCGGGCGGAAUCGGGAUCACUCCGCCCUUCCCAUGCGGCCGGGUAACCAUCCGACCGGACGACGAGUUGGGCCCGACGGAUAUCGAAACACUGGUCGCUGCUGCGGAUCCCGGUGCCGCGGUGUACACGUGCGGACCGGCGCCGCUGAUGAACAUGGUGCGCGCGGCGACCUUCGCCGGCAAUCCGACCGGAUCGGUGCACAGCGAGAGGUUCUCCCCCACUCCCGGUAGUCGACGGCAAGGAGUUCACGGUGCAUCUGGCGCGCACCGGUCUCACCGUCGAUGUGGGCGAGGUCGAAAGUGCUUUGGCUGCGAUACGACGUGCACUUCCCGAGUCGCGUAUUCCUGCCAACAGGGCUUCUGCGGUACGUGCAAGGUUCGGGUGCUCUCGGGGAGCGUCGAUCAUCGAGACACCUUGCUCACCGAAUCCGAACGUGCCGAUUCGAUGUUGACCUGUCGAUCACGUUCCACCGGUGCAUCUUUGGUGGUGUGGACCUACUUCGUCCGAUCCGCGCCGCUGGUGAUCACUCACCGGAUCGAAUCCGAAGCGACGUGCAGCUUGUGGCAGACGUUGACCUCGGACGGAGCGCUCUCGUCGUGGGCGCGCGGGAUCACCGGAGCCGACUGGACCUCGGCCAGACCAUUCGGCAUCGGGACUACCCGAACCGUGCGCGCCGGCGCUUUUGCUGCACUGAACGGAGAUUCUUCCGCUGGGACGAGGGCACCGAAUGACGUUCUACGUGGAGUCGGCGUCACUGCCGGGGUUCAAACGCUUCGCCGAAGAUCUGGUGCUGGAACCGACUUCGACAGGCAGCCACCUCACCUGGACAUUCGCCGUACAAGCGCAGCCGUGGUUCGCCCCGAUUCUGGCUCUGUCCCGACCGAUCCUCGAACGCGUCACUCGCAGCUGGGCCGACGGCGCCGUCCACCACACACUUCAAGGAACUCCACAAUGACGGCGACCGAGAUCGACACGACCACACAGGCGUCCGACGACACGGUGACACAGGCAGUGCGCGACGCCCGAACUGCUUCCGAGUGGUGGGCAGAACUGACAUUCGAGCAACGCGCUCGUCGACUGGAUCAGUGGCGUGGAAUCAUCGCUCGUCGAGCAUCCGAACUCGCCGACGUCGUGCACCGGGACAUGGGCAAGCCGCACCCUGACGCGAUGCUCGAAAUCGCCAUGGCACUCGAACAUCUCGCGUGGGCGUCGAAGAAUGCCCGAAAGGUAUUGGGCAGGCGCAGCGUCCGCUCCAGUUUGUUGACGGUCAAUCAGGCCGCCUCGGUGGAGUAUCGACCUCUCGGGGUGAUCGCCCCACUCGGUUCGCUCUCGUUCUCGCUGGCUGCAGGCAACGCCGUGGUCUACAAGCCGAGUGAGUUCGCGCCGGCAGUCGGGCAAUGGUUGGUCCGAGCGUUUGCCGAGGUCGUCCCUGAAAAUCCUGUGCUGCAAGUUGUCACAGGCGACGGUUCGGUCGGCGCGGCACUGUGCCUGGCCGGUGUCGACAAGAUCGGGUUCACCGGAUCGACCGCGACGGGCAAGAAAGUCAUGGCAGCGCGACGCGCUCAUCCCCUUGAUGCCGACGGAAUGUUGGUGCCGCGGAUGCUGCGGUGUGGGGCAUUGUCCAACUCCGGUCAAAACCUGUCUGGGCGUCGAGCGUGUAUACGUGCACGAACAGGUAUACGACGAGUUUAUCGACAAGACAAUCACUUUGGCUGCCCGAGUUCAUGUGGGCCCGGGGGCCGAGACAAGAUCGGUCCGAUCACCAUGCCCUCGCAAGUGGCUGUAAUCCGGCGCCACAUCGACGACGCGGUGUCCUGGGUGGACGUGUCGUUAUCGGAGGGUCGGCCCGAUCUCCGGCCAGUAUGUGCAACCGACCAUCAUGGUCGACGUCCCCGAAGACAGCCUCGCCGUCACGGAGGAAACUUUCGGCCCGACGAUGACGAUCACAAGAUCGCCUCGAUGGACGAGGCGGUGGAGUUGGUCAAGGCGUCGCCAUAUGCAUUGGGAGCAAGCGUGUUCGGCAAGGAUGGAGUGGCUGUUGCCGAUCGGCUCCGAUCCGGAGGAGCGUCGGUGAACUCUUACGUGAUGUAUGCCGCGGUUCCCAACCUGCCACUGGAUGGUCUGAAGGAGUUCACCUUAUGCCCGGUCGAUGACCAGGCAGACGAUUCCGUUCGCCCCUACCAC